AUGUUAUGGCUGCAUCAUUACCUGCAUGGUCACAAGACUUAUUCACUUGGACAUCGCUACGGAUCUUUAGCACUUUAUAAGACGCUCGGAAAGAAAACACCUUCCUAUGAAGAACUAUCUACUGCAGUGAUCGAAAUAGAAGCAAUGCUGAAUACGAGACCGCUUUUCUACGUGGACUCUGGACCAAAUGCGGACCAAAUACUACGUUCAAUCGAUUUCUUGCAGAACGAGUUCGAAAUUCCGUUUCCACUAAACUCAGCAGAAGGAGACGGUGAAGAUCCCACAUACCUUCCAGCUGAUAAACGCACCCAGUAUCUAACAUCUCUGCGUGAAAAACACCAACGUGAGGUCGGAAAACAGCGAGGAAGCAGCUACCAUCCCGAAAAAGGAAAGCUGGUGCUGAUAUGCGACAACCUUCAACCGCGACAGUCUUGGAAGAUGGGUCGGAUUGUCGAGUUAAAGGAAACUACGGACGGCACAGUUAGAGAGGCAGUAGUUAUACUGCCCUCCCAUCGCAAGAUACGACGACCUAUAAAUCUACUCGUUCCCCUGGAACUUGAAGACGAUCAUAAAGAAGAACACAAGGAAGAUGAUUCCAGCUCUGCGAACUGCGAUGGUGAAACAACACUAAACCAGGUCGAUAAGCAGCUGUCAGACAACACCACAACAAUUGAAGGUAGGACUAUGAAAGAACCUGAAGGAACGUCUUCUUCACGGUAA